UCUCUCGGGACUCGAACAUAGACCCUACCCCGUGGUAUGUAUGCUCGUUGACGUCAGAAACGAUUCGUAAUUUGACGUGUAAAUAUUCUCGCCCCCUUCCAAGGUUUACUCUCCGAUUGCUUUCCUUGAUGGUUCAAUAAGGCAAUAACGCUGUGACAGGUACUCUUUCCCACCCUGCAAUUUGAAGGAAAAAAUACAUGCAAGGCGAACCAAUUGAUUUAAUAUUACUUGCGUUUUUGUUUUUAAUUUGUUGUCUUGUAUGCCUUCCAAGAGCAUCAAUCAAAUAUAUUUUUAAUCUAAUCGUAUUUUCUCUGAGAUGGAAAUGAGAUGUCGCCCAACAACGGUGAUGUGCUGUGCUCUUGCGGUUCUCUGCUCCAUCGCUCGUUCCGUGAAUGCUUCAUUCGGGGACAGACAGUACCUCAACGAAUGGGCGGUGGAGAUUCCCGGAGGACCGGACGCCGCCAGGUCCAUUGCCAAAGAACUGGACUACCGAGUAGUCCGCCAGAUUGGGGCGCUAGAAAACCAUUACUUGUUUAAACACCAGACUCAUCCUAGCAGGACGAAACGAAGUGCCGAUCACAUCACCAAACGCCUGUCCGAAGAUGAUCGGGUAUCAUGGGUGGAGCAACAAUAUGAGAAGCGGCGCAGUAAGCGGGCGUCACUGGGGUCAUGCCGGGACUGUCCGGUGGACGAGCUGUUCAAUGACCCCAUGUGGAACCAGCAGUGGUACCUGCAAGACACUCGGACGUCGUCCUCCCUGCCCAAGCUGGACCUCCACGUUAUUCCUGUGUGGAAGAAAGGGUUCACAGGAAAAGGAGUGGUCAUCACCGUGCUGGACGACGGUCUGGAGUGGAACCACACCGACAUCUACCCCAACUAUGACGCAGCAGCCAGCUACGAUUUCAAUGACAACGACUCUGACCCCUUCCCCAGGUACGACUCCACCAAUGAGAACAAGCAUGGGACCAGGUGUGCCGGUGAGAUCGCCAUGCAGGCAGACAACAAUAAAUGUGGAGUCGGGGUGGCGUACAACUCCAAAGUUGGAGGGAUCCGCAUGUUGGACGGUAUUGUGACAGAUGCCAUCGAGGCCAGUUCUAUUGGCUUCAAUUCGGACCACGUGGACAUCUACAGUGCCAGCUGGGGACCCAACGAUGAUGGCAAGACGGUCGAGGGCCCCGGUCGCCUUGCGUCAAAAGCCUUUGAGUACGGCAUCCAGAAGGGCCGGGGAGGGAAGGGCUCUAUCUUCGUGUGGGCGUCAGGGAACGGGGGCCGCCAGGGGGACAACUGCGACUGCGACGGCUACACAGACAGCAUCUACACCAUCUCAAUCAGCAGUGCCUCCCAGCAGGGCCUGUCCCCCUGGUACGCUGAGAAGUGCUCCUCCACCCUAGCUACCGCCUACAGCAGCGGAGACUACACCGACCAGAGAAUAACCAGUGCUGAUUUGCAUAAUGAAUGCACAGAGACACACACAGGAACGUCUGCCUCCGCCCCACUGGCUGCUGGGAUAUUUGCCCUGGCACUGGAACAGAACCCUGAGCUGACGUGGAGGGAUCUGCAGCACUUGGUGGUGUGGACGUCUGAGUUCGACCCGCUGGCCAACAACCCCGGCUGGAAGAGGAACGGGGCAGGCCUGAUGGUCAACAGUCGUUUUGGCUUCGGCCUGCUCAAUGCCAAGGCCCUGGUGGACCUGGCCGACCCGGCCACCUGGAAACACGUCCCUGAGAAGAAACAGUGCAUAAUCAGGGACGACUCCUUCCAGCCCAGGGCAUUGAAAGCAGCAGUAGAGAUCACCAUUGAGAUCCCCACCAAGGCCUGUAAUGGCCAGGACAACGCUGUCCUCUCACUGGAGCAUGUGCAAGUGGAGGCCAGCAUGGAGUACACCAGGAGAGGAGACCUACACAUCACACUCACAUCCCCAUCAGGCACUAGCACGGUCCUGCUGGCAGAGAGAGAGAGGGACAUGUCAUCUAACGGCUUCAGGAACUGGGACUUCAUGUCUGUUCACACCUGGGGAGAAGAUCCCACUGGCACCUGGACCCUCAAGAUAACUGACACGUCCGGGCGGAUGGAGAAUGAAGGCCAGAUCCUGACCUGGAAGUUGAUUCUCCACGGCACGUCAGAGAAGCCCGAGCACAUGAAGAAACCCAGAGUGUACGUCCCUUACAACGCUGUCCAGAAUGACCGUAGAGGAGUAGAGCACAUGGACGACAUGAUGGAGGAACUGUCCACCCAGGCUGAGGCCCACUCACCGCAGAAGACUCAACCUCCUCCUUCCGCCACCCCCAAGAUGAAGCAGAUGAGACCCUCCUCCCCACCCCUGUCCCCCUCUCUGGCCCUUCUGCGUCUCCUCCAGACGGCCUUCAACCGGCAGACCCCCGCCGCCCUGCCUCAGUCCCCAGAAAAGGCCUCCUCUAGCAGGGGAGAGCAGCACCAGGGCAGGCCACACUCCAUUCCAGGGGGACCAGGCCCUCGCAUCGCUCCCCAGAAGCUGUACCAGGCCCUGGACAGGAUCAACCAGUACCAGCGGGCCGGGCAGGAUGACAGCCUUUACAGCGACUACAGUGACGGCUUCUACAGCGCCAAGCCCUACAAGCACAGAGAUGACCGGCUGCUGCAGGCACUCUUCAACAUGCUCUCUGACGACAAGCAGUGAGGGAGGGGGGAAUGGGGUGGAACUCAGUGUGUGCAGGCUUUUGUUCCAGACCCAACACAUCCAGCCCUGUAGGAUUCAGGGCCGAUUGAACUAAUCAUGGUCUACAUUGAAGAUUGUGCUUAGUUAACUAUCGGUAGUUGAAUCAGGUGUGUUAGUGCUGGGCUCAAGCCUACACAGCCCUGCGGUUCUCCUUGGUCAAGAUUGGCCACCCCGGGGUAUGUUGUGAGAGAGAUAGGGUGAGGAGGCGGCGGCUGGGCAUGGAAGGAGCAUGCGAGAGAGGGGGAGAGUGAAAGCCAGAGAGAAACUCUUCCAGCCAAACGUGUUGUUGUUUUUCCAAAACUCUGCUUUUCUUACCUUGUAGCAUUCUAGCCUGUCUCUCUGUCUAUCUGUCUUUCAUUCUGCACAGUUGUAGGUCGGUUGCAUCUCAAUUCCCGCAAGUGGCUUCCCUUCUUCUUCCUCCUCCCCCUCCUCCUAAUGUAGUGAAACCUGGCUAGCCCAUAGACUUCCGCCAUAUUGAUUCAGUCUUCUAAGAUCAGUAUGCAUGAAAGAAAAGAGGCAUACUUAGAUUCAACUAGGAUUCCAUUCCAUCCGCCUCCUCCAGCCAUUUAUCCACCUCUAUCCACCAUCAUUCCACCCCCUUCCUCCAGCCAUCUAUCCACCUCUAUCCACCAUCAUUCAACCCCCUUCCUCAAGCCAUCUAUCCACCUCUAUCCACCAUCAUUCCACCCCCCUCCUCCAGCCAUCUAUCCACCUCUAUCCACCACCUCCUCCAGCCACCUAUCCACCUCUAUCCACCAUCAUUCCACACUCCUCCAGCCAUCUAUCAAUCUUUAUCAACCAUCAUUCCACCCCUCCUCCAGCCAUCUAUCCACCAUCAUUCCACCCCUCCUCCAGCCAUCUUUCCACCUCAAUCCACCAUCAUUCCACCACACUCCUCCAGCCAUCUAUCCAUCUUUAUCCACCAUCAUUCCACCCCUCCUCCAGCCAUCUAUCCACCAUCAUUCAACCCCCUUCCUCAAGCCAUCUAUCCACCUCUAUCCACCAUCAUUCCACCCCCCUCCUCCAGCCAUCUAUCCACCUCUAUCUACCACCUCCUCCAGCCAUCUAUCCACCUCUAUCCACCAUCAUUCCACACUCCUCCAGCCAUCUAUCCACCAUCAUUCCACCCCUCCUCCAGCCAUCUUUCCACUCCAGGAUGGGUCCCAAUAGUCUUAAAGGGACACUUCACUUCAAAACAAAAGUUAGUAAGAUGUUUUCAGGCAUCAAAAGUGGUCUGGUGUCGAGAUGAGUUCACGUACCAGGACAUGUGUUUUUUAGAUCCAACUGUAUGCCUCAAUCCCAAAUUAAUGAAAAAAUAUAUGUACUGAAUAAAAUGAGGAAAUGUAUUUCCAUUCAUUCCAGAUUAAGGAAAGGUAUUUCCAUUCAUCACAGAUUUGGCAUAUACAGUAUAUGUAGCUGGAUCUACACAAGAUUUGACACGGGACUUAGACUCAUCUGUUCAUAACUUUUGGAGUAUGAAAAUGUCAGACAAAACAAACUUGAUUUUUGAGUGAAUGGGCCCAAGAGACAGCGAGAAAAAUAUUAAUAUUAAUAAUUGUAUAUAUUUAGUAUAUAAAUUAUAUUUUGAGGCUCUAUUUAUCACCUUUACCUAUCAGUGGUAUUGAAAAAAGGGAGACAAGAGAAGGAGACAAGAGAAGGAGAUGAGGAAAUAACAUUAAGACUUUUGGGACACAGCCCUAUUCUCCCUUCACUCUACCACCUGCUUGAGCAUGCUACCUUCAGAAUAUAAAUUUCAUAAUUCUAUUAUGACUGACAUGAUCAAUAUAUUAUACAAAGACAAUGAUUGUAAUGUUGUUUUUAAAUAUACUUCUAAAAUAUCCACUUCUAAACUCCAACUCUGAAAUGUCUAUUUAAUAUUUAUACUUUGACAUAUUUAUUUUGUCAUGUUUUUGUUUUCUGUAAGAGUAGAGGUACUCACUGUGCUACAGUUAACUUAAACCCAAAUCCUAAUUUGAGGAAUGUGAUUUUAAGAUAUAUGCACAAUUUCAAGUUAGGUUUACGAAUAUACUUUACAAUGCAUAAAAAAUGCAGUCCCCCUACUGAUUGUUUUUCAAACUGAAAGCUCAAAGAUAAUGAUAUGUGGCAUAUUCUUCACAGGGUGUCAACAAAGCAUUGGAGAGUUUGAGAACGGCAGUCUUUUACCCGGUUCUCUUGAGGAAAAAAAAAAGUUCAGUCCUUGGGGUAAUUCUUUAAAUAUUUUAUUUUUUAAACAACAACAUACAGUCUAAAACAAAAGAAAUUGGGAAGGCAACUGACCAAGAAUCAAUUGGUUGUGUCAUUUUUAUGGAUGUUAUUCGACCUUAUAAGAUAUAUAUAGAUAUGAUGAAUAUGAUUGAAGCUUUUGCAAAUUGGCAAUGUUGAAACCAUCUGAAUACUUAUGUAUUUUAACUGAUAAUAUAAAAUAACUAUACAUUUUUUAUUUUUUAAGUAUUAUACAAAUGUUGUGCAAUUUGAUUCAUUUUAUUUUCAAAAGUACAAUGCUGCAUUAAAUAUUUUUCUAAAAUAUAUAUAUAUAUAAAUCCCUUAGUCAUUUUAUUUUAGAUUUAGUCAAAUUCUAGGUUUAUAUUAAUACAAACUAAAUGGAAUUAUUAAUAUAAAUAACACUGCCAAACUGUUGUGCUGCCAAAUUUUGUAACAUUUUUCCUGUGUUUGGGUGAAUGUAAAACAGGCUUCGAUGUUGUUACUUCAUUUACAAACUCAUAUUGACACAACUUGUCGUGGUAAUUUCCUGUAUUACUAAAUGAGGAGAGUUUACAAACCACACACAAGUCAAAGUUAUAUUUUAAACUCCAUCUUUAAUUAUAUGAGCUUCACCAUAGCCCUUUGACUCUCAGAUCAAUUCAGUGUCUAUAAAUGAAUUCUCUGAGAGUGCUUACAAAAACAAUUCUUAGUAUCUUUUAUAGCCAAGAUACACCCAUCUCAACUUACAUGACAAACCACAGAUCUUAGGAACUUCACAAAGGGCCUUUUACUUGAAAGAGGAGUAUCCCAUAGCAAGAUAGCAUUAGCUAUAAAUUAUCGUUCAGUUUGGUCUCUUAGACGAGGUUCUACUUCCUGUUCUUGGUACUUCCUAGUACCAAAACAUGACCUCAUCCAAUGGCAUAUAUCAAUUGUCAAUUCUAGAUACUCCCAUCUCAAAUACAUCCCCUCCUGGACAAGCUCACGGAGGGGAGUGAGCCUCUAGGUCAUAUACUAUGAAAGAUAAGUGCAACAUCAGAGGGGACAUACAAUGGUUCCAGACACUGCCAUACUCCUCCCCCCAAUGGGAAAAGGAGGGAGUGACUGGAGUACAGACAUAGUGGAGCCCUUCACAUGGUUUCACAGAUGAUUCACAUAUGAAGACAACGUUCAAACCUGACUUCUCCCUUUUUGAUAUUCUGCAUACCAGACAUACCAGACAUGUAAAAGACAAGCCCGACCUCUCCCCUCUCUGGGCCCCAAGUGACUUUUCCCUAGAGAAGAAAGGAAAAUGCAACUGCCGACAUUAUAGUCAAAAAAGAAGACAUUCUAAUGACAAGUAUAAAGUAAAUAAAAGAUCUUAUUUAUCUAUGUUACCUAACUAAUUCAGAUUCAGCUAUGACAAACUACAUGGUUAUAUGCAACUUUUUGGAUAUGUUCAUUUAUACAAUAUUUUUGGUAUUAGUGGACUUUCAUGAUUCAAUCCAGUUAUACUUUAGUGUAGGCGGGGCUUCACACAAAAAAACUAUAACACAUUUAUAGUAUGUAUAAUGCCUUCAUAUGCCCUACAUAAACAUUCACGUUUAUGCUCAACUGCAGGUCGGUAGAUGUCACUGCAUUAUCUUAUGGCAACUUGCGGUUGAUAAUCUUAGCUGACAUUUGCAUGUAUAAAUGCUUAUGUAGUGAUUAUGACAGUGUUAGGAACUGCUAUGAAUGUGCUACGUAGCCCUAUGUAUGUAAAGCCCCAUACACUACAGUGUUAAGUAUCCCCUGUUUUCUGUGGUAUUGGCUCUAUUCCUGCUCUCUGCCAAACAAAGUGAAAGAUUAAGAUGACAGAUGAAGAACAGUUUACAUGCAUCCUGUAAUUUAAACAUCUUUCAAUGUAGCCAGUGUUGUUGAUCUGUUUGUUUAUAUUUUGGAUUUGAUUGAUGCUUCUGUUCAAUGUUGUUCACAAGAGCUGAAAUAUGUCGGUAUUUAUGUAUGGAUGUACAAAAUGAAAUUUAUCGUAAUAAACUGCAAAGUGA